GUCAGCAAGAAAUGCGUGUGUUAGUUCUUGUUCUUGUGACCUAUUUCAGUUAAGUUACUGAACUCUGAGCUCUGAGUAAGUCCUAAAAUAUUUUGUCACUUUCAGGCUCACAAAAUGCAAAUGUUUUAGUCUUAGUUCAGCAAAGAUGUGUUCCAAUUAUCUGUAUUUUGUUCAGGAGCAUUUUGAAAAGUGAAAAGAAACAUUUGUAAGUGUGCUUUUACAAGACUUUGUUGUUGAUCAUCAUUGUGUGUUCUUCCUGUAUCCAGAUUGUCAAGUCUCAAUAAUAAAAAUUAAGUAGAUGGGAUGACUGGAAGAAACAGUGUGUGUUGGCAUCUAAAUGUUCAUUUUACUGUCAAUUUUCUCCAGUAGCACAGACAGACCUUUUUAUGAAAUUCAGUUGUCUUUUCUCUUGGUGUAUUUUUUUUUUUUUUCCUUUUCUAUGUCUCUGUUCUCUGUUCUGUUGGUGUUUCUCUAGGGUAUGAGCUCUGACCUUUUAUGUCCCUCUAUAGCUCUUCAAGGAAACUGCUUCUGUUUCUCAUCCUUGUUUACAGCUAUAGCAAAUACCUGCUACAAAUGUGUUUCUCCCUGUCUAAAAGAUCGUCUUAAUUUGGCUCUUGGGGGUGCAUAAUUUCAGUUAUCUUCAUGUAAAGGGUUAUUCCAUCAGAACCCAUUAUUUGGAAAAAGUUAGUAAAUAGUGAGUUUUGGCUGCAGUUUGCUUCUCUGUCAUCUUUAUACUUCUGUCUGAUUUAUACUGAUUUAUAUACGUCCUCUGCACGUACAGUAUUUGUUUCUUCAGUGAGGUAAUUGAAGUCAUGGUUAUUACAAAAGCGUCUUCUGUUAAGUUUCCUUAAGGGAAUUAUUGCAUAUUGCUUCCUCUGUUUCUGCAUCCAGGCAUCCUUUUCUUUCUCCUUUGCUAGUAAGCUUUUACAAAUAUUUUUGCAGCCAUACAAUUUCUGAAGUAAACAAAUUUAUAGGAUACGAGGAUAGGAUACGAGUGUGUACUUCACAUCUCUGUGACUUGGCAGUUAGUAGUUGUUGGCAGGUUACUGCAGUGUCUCUGAAAUACUGAUGCUGUCUAGAUAUUUUUGUGACCUUGUAUGCUUGACUGGAGAAAAUCUCCUGAAGCUUAGAGACAGGUUAGGGCAGGUUAGGAAUAUUUGAAUAACACAGCUCUAAAGAUCUCUGAAAAAAUUCCUGUUGAACUAGGGAAGUCGUGUCAGUGAAGAAACACUUUGGUUUCAGUUGCAGAGGACUUAGAGGUAUAAGCACAUGCUUCAGCAGUGGGUACAAAAGUAGAUAGUUAAGAGUCAAGCUCCGUGUACCUGUAGAUGUGAAACAUACACAGGGACAGCUCUGGCAUAGGCAUCCAAUAUGUACUACACAUAUCAGCUUUAGGCUUCUGAAAAUAAGAACUGCAUGCCAUGUAUUGACUCGUUACUACUUUUCUUUAAAUUACUGGUUUUCUUUUGCUUUGUCAUUAUAAAAAUAACUCUGUUUUCUGAAUGAGUGGGUAGUGAAGGCAGUUAUUGUUAAUCUUUUUAUGAAGAAUUUUUCUGCGUAUGGGUAAUCUUCGUAAUUAACAUGCAUAACAGCAGAAAAUGAUACAAUGUUCUGAGUAGCAGUGGUAAUAUAUCCUUAUAAUAUAUUGUGUCUCCAGAAGCAUUGCUUUUAGUUUCUUACAUUAACUUGGUGUUAAUUGGCAGCAAAGUGCAAAGAAAACCCUGUCAGGACAGUCCUGACUCAGUUUUAUGCUGAUGCUGUAUUAUCUGUCAAAGCAGAAAUUGCAACUGAAAAACUUUGAAGAGGUGGAAGAAUGAGAAGGCAUUCCAUUCUGGGGAUAGCUUGUUACUGUGGGGAUACUGGGUAUUCUGCAGUACUGCAGUAUGGGGUUUUUUAUUUUUUAUUCCAAAGAUGUCUUCUGAGCCUUCCUCUGUGUAAAGAGAUCUGUGAUUGGAUUAACUUAAAAGAUUUAUUUCGUGAAACCAGUAUUUGGAAAGGAAGAAAAUAAUCAAGAAAUGUCUACCAACUUAAAGUACCUUUCCUUGGGCAUCCUGGUUUUUCAGACCACAAGUUUAGUGCUGACAAUGCGUUACUCUCGGACACUGAAAGAAGAGGGACCUCGUUACUUGUCCUCUACUGCAGUAGUUCUUGCUGAACUUCUGAAGAUUUUGUCCUGUGUUCUAUUGGUCUACAAAGACAGCAAGUGCAAUUUACGGACCCUGAACAGAGUGCUACAUGACGAAAUUCUUAAUAAACCCAUGGAGACUCUUAAACUUGCCAUUCCUUCAGGAAUUUAUACUCUUCAGAAUAACUUGCUCUAUGUAGCAUUGUCAAACCUAGAUGCAGCCACAUACCAGGUUACAUAUCAACUGAAAAUUCUUACCACAGCACUAUUUUCUGUGUCCAUGUUAAGCAAGAAAUUGGGUAUAUACCAGUGGCUGUCGUUAGUAAUUUUGAUGACAGGAGUGGCAUUUGUGCAGUGGCCUUCAGACUCUCAAGCAACAGCUGCUAAGGAGCAUUCAGCAGGAUCUCAGUUUGUAGGCCUGAUGGCAGUUCUUAUAGCAUGCUUUUCUAGUGGAUUUGCAGGCGUUUAUUUUGAGAAAAUUUUAAAGGAAACUAAGCAGUCUGUGUGGAUAAGAAACAUUCAGCUUGGAUUCUUUGGCAGCAUAUUUGGACUGAUGGGUGUAUAUAUAUAUGAUGGAGAGCAACUGUCAAAAGAUGGAUUUUUUCAAGGAUAUAAUAAACUUACUUGGAUAGUUGUUGUUCUACAGGCACUUGGAGGCCUGGUGAUUGCUGCUGUUAUAAAAUAUGCAGACAACAUUUUAAAGGGAUUUGCAACUUCUCUCUCUAUUAUACUUUCAACAUUGAUCUCCUAUUUCUGGCUUCAGGAUUUUGUCCCUACAAGUGUCUUUUUCUUCGGAGCCAUCCUUGUAAUAGCAGCUACUUUCCUAUAUGGUUAUGAUCCAAAACCUGCAGGAAAUCCCACUAAGGCAUAGCUGUCUUCUUCAUCAACCUGCUUCUCAAGAUCAUACACUGGGGGCCUUGCUAAAAAUGGCAUGUGGAAGGUGCCAUGGUGCACUGCAAGGAAGGAUUACUACCCAGAAUCUAGUGAAGAAAUUUUUAUGAGUAGUUUUGAACAGCCAAAGGAGUUAAAGAUGGAUGAUGAUACUAUCUGUGACUGGUGGAAAAAAAUGACAGGGGAAAGCCCAGUGCAACUUGCUAAUAAAAACUUGAAAUGAACAAAAGGUUUGCAAGAAACUGCAAUUAGGAAUGUUUACAGCUUUGACCUGGGAUUGCAUCAAAAGAAUUUACUGUACUGACUGCUGCACUCUGUCCUAUGCACUCUUUGAAAGAGCACAUGACAACAUUGUCAGAUCGUAUGUUUUUGCAAUUUGGCUAUAUUUAAUGUUAGUAUAUGUUUUUAACUGUUUGCCUAUUUACAUAAAGUCAACUGAAUGCACAUCAUAGUUCUAAAGUGAUGGUUCUAAUUAGGUAUUCCUUAUUAAAACUAUGAAAAUUGAAGUAUGAUUGAAGGACAUUUCACAAUAACAAAUAUUUUUAUAUUUUAGAAGUCUGAAUUAAUAACAGAGAUCUGUGUUCUGUUGCUUAUAUAAAGCUAUUGUAAGAAUGUUAACAUACUCACCGGUACGCAAAGGGAGAAACUGAGAAUGAAAGCUGGAAAUCUGAGUUGAUACUCCAGCCAUCGUGAGGAUAACCUGUAGUGUUCCAGCAGAUGCAAUAACUCUGUGAGCACAGGACACAGUUUGCUGCAGUAAUCUGGCACUAUGAGGUGGGUUAUAAAGGAGUGCUUGCUCAGAUGUAAUGUUCAUUGUUUUUUAUUUUUAUUGAUUAUAAAUCAGCUUAUUGAUAGAACUUCUAAAGUAUAUAAAGGUUUUUUUUAUUUGCUUUUUUGUUUCUUUUUUUUUUUUUUUUUUUUUGCUUUAAAUAUUCCCUGAGGAUUUUUUUACUUGCAAUUAAAGAAAAAAAAAAAGCCCAUAAUAAAUAUUUUAAAUGCAUUGUUGUUGUUUGUUACAGCUCCAGAUUGAGCCAUUGUGGUAUAUUAUCUGCAUACUAUACUAUAUUUUAUUACAGAGGCUUUUUUUGUUUGUUUGUUUUACAAUUGUUGUUUACUCAUGAACUCUCAAAGGCUGUCUCAGCACAUUUGUAUGUAAUGGCAUAAUUAGAGUUGUUGUUAUUAUUAAUUUUGUUCUGGGAGUCCUUGAGCUAACAGACCAAAAUGGAUUCUGUGGGGCUAUAUUCAGUCUAGUAGUGGAAUUACUUUAAUAGGAAAGAGAGUGGAAAAGUACUGAGUUGUGCAAUAGGUAAAUAUAAAAGCAUGCUGUUCUUUUGUUUUCAAUCAAAAAAAAAAAAAUCAUAAAGAAACAUAUGCAGAUUGACUGUUAGGAACAUUUUGUUUGUUGAAGUACUUGCAUAUAGCCAACUGAGAAAGAAACACACAAAAACAGUGCCAGAACAGUAAACAAACAAAGAAAAGGCUUAAAAAUCACUUGGUUUUUGGAGACCUAUUCACAAUAGAUAUCAAUGUAGGUGACUUCUUGCCUAUUCAUUACAUUUGUAAAUGUAUACAUUAUACAAAAACAUAUCAGUAGUCCCUUCCCAUUCAGCUAAGUGUUAAAAAAGUUUGUUGUUGUUUUUUUUCCCUCUGCUCUAUCUCACUUCGUUCUUGUGCUAGUGAAUAUGAUGUGAAAAGAGAGGUGUUUCAAAAUGUUUACCAAAGUAGCUCAGUCUGUUUUCCACAACCACUCAGUCAUGGAUUGCAAAGAGAGGAUUCUCUAAGAGGAUUCUGAGUUUUUUAAUUAAAUACUUAAAUAUUGUAAAAGAAAAAGGAAAAAAAUCUGCUUCUAUCUACCAAGUAAAAAUCAUCUCUUCUUUUGUUGUUGAUGACAUGAAUUAUGUCUGUAGCAUCAGGGCAAGACAGUGAAGAAAUUUCAGUUAUGCUAAGGGCUUACUAAGCUUUCUGAACUGUAAAUCUACCCCAGCAUGCCAUAAUUGCAAGAGCUAUGUUACUCAGUAGUUAAAAUUAUCUAAUAUUACCCUAAAUUGGCAUCCUACUUUAGGAGUAACGUUUCACCUAUAACACUCAAUCUGCCAAAGUGAAAAACUACAUUUAGUCACAUCGCCACUGAAAUUCAAUGUGAGGUCAGAUGUAUGCAGAGAAUAGUGGUUCACAGCAUUGCUUAGUGCGGAAUGGGAGGUAUGAGUGACUGAAACAAUUUGACAAGUGUUGUAGUAAUUACACAAUGGUAAUACUUUUAAUUUCAUGAAUCACAAAUCACAGCAGUGGAAAUGCUUAGGUCAUACAAUUGGAUAUUAUGUUGAGGAGUUUCUCAAAAAUCAGGAGGAGCAGAUUAAGAAAUUAAGUAAAACCAACUGCAUAGAAAGGGACCAAAUAGGCCAAACAAUUACACAGUUUUAAUAUAUCAGGUGCUUCAAGUUUGUCUAAGGAUUAGCUUUUGGGAAAUAACAGGAAUAUGUUAUCUUUGCUUUUGAAUAGGAUGUCGUCUUACAGCCUCGGAAAAUAAUCUACGUACUGUAUUAGGGAUCAGUAACAUCUGUCUGUAGAUAAAGGACUGUCAAUUUCCAGUCCAUUAAAUUUUCUAGCAGAAGGGUAAAUCUCUUUAUAUGCUUUUGACUGUAAAGGAAAUACGAGUUUGCAGUUUUAGCUGCCUUUCCUCAGCUGUUUACAGAGCCUGGGGCCUGCAGGCUGAAAAGCAUUAUUCUGGAGAGGGAGAAGGCACUGCAUGCUUCUUGUGAUGGUGAAGGAUUUGAGGAAGAUUGCAACUGUUACAGAAAUCAGUUAAUCUGUAAGCAUAAGUGUGUUUUCCCUUUGGAAUACUUUGAAUCUGAGGAAAAAUAAGUUUUAUUUCUAUCAAUCAUUAACUAACCAAAGAAACGUGGCUAGUUGACACAGAGCUCUGGGAAGCAGGGAAUAGCGUGCUUUGAGUUUGCCCUAAAAGUGGUAUGUAGGACUAUAACUUUCAACAAAUGAGCUUGUCUUUCUGAUCUAUGUUUCUGAAUUUAAGACAAUGGAUUUUUUAGUUUAGUUGUAUAUUUAGGCGGCUAAUCCAUACUCAACAGAAUUUUAUUUAAAUAUUUAUAAAGUUAUAGCUAGAUAUUUAUUUCCAUAAUUUGAACUAUGUCUUUUUUUUUUUUUUUUAUAAGUCUUAUAUAAUGGGAUUACUAGUAUUUAUUGAAUACUUGGAUACUUAGUAGGGUUGUGUUGUUUGUUUGUUUGUUCUAAUCUCUGGAAUACUGGUGAAACUCUGGAAACUCUGGAAUAAAUGGUGAAAUACCAGUAAGCUACUAGAACCUUGUUCAAAGCAAAAUAAAUCGUCAGUUCAGUGGUGAAAAUUCUUAAGUCUAACAUGCUAAGAUAAACUUUCCUUUAAAUGUUAUAUUUUUGUGCUGACAACAAGUGCCCAGUUAUCUUUUUCUCAAAUAAUUCUGAUAGCUGGAUAGUUUUAUGAAAGUUCUUUGUUUUAGACAAACUGCAACAUAACUUGCCUUUUUGUUUGCUUUAAUAAUAAAAGGUAGAUUUGUGUUCUAUUUUCUGCUUGUACAAGAUAAUACCUGUUUAUACUAUAACUUUUUAAGAUGCUUGUUUUACUUCUCAAAGGAAUAAUUAUGUUUUGUUGGCAUAUACUUAUGUUUCAGUUAUUCAUGUGGUCCUUUUUCAGAUUUUCUACGAGUGUAUAAUCAUUUUGUGUUCCUGACUUAGUUUUAUGGCUGUAAUUCGAGGGACUGUAAUAGAUUUUGUUAAAUUGUUUUAAAAUUGAUAAAUGAGACUUUGCAUUUCUUGUGUUUUUUAUUGUCAGUAACUUUCAUCUUUUAAUAUAUUUCUUUAUCACCA